AUAUACCAGUCGUAGGGCACUGGCUGGAACGAGAAAUAGCCCAAUGGGUCCAACCCUUGGCAUAUAUUUAAUGAGUAGCCUUGAGGCAUGUCGGUGUAUUCUUAUAAAGUUAGAGAAAUACUAAAUCUGAAGCACAAAACAACCAAGACGAGAGAGAGCGAGAGAGAGGGAGGGAGAGAGACAGACAGAGAGACAGACACAUACAUUUAGAUAAUACCAUCUACCUACAAACUGCAAUGUUACAAUAACACAUUGAUUAAUCGGAAUAUAAAUACAAUCUACUGGGGUGUCAUUGAACUUCUCCAGUGACGGGAUACCGAAAAUAGCCGAGGAAAUCCGGACUUUGCUUUGGUAACAUUCGGUUAUCUUCGGAAUAUGCUUCAAGGUCCUUUGUGGCUGGCUUUUGUAGUCUUAUUUUUUGAAGAGUGUUCCUUGUUUUAUAAUGAUGUGAAAUUACUCUUUUUUUUCUACUUCAUUUUAAUCAAGGUUCUGGCAGGGAAAAAAAAACCACCCGUACAUUUUCAGAUUACCGUUAAUACUCAGACUGGGUGUUCAGAGAUGUACAUGUCCAUGUACCACAGACAAGAAUGUUAAAUCAUUACUGCUGGUGAUCAAUGGAUGGACCUGGAUAUUUUUGUAUACUUGUAAUCAUUCUACAAAUUAGCUGAUCGGACAUUUGCCACUCAUGACGAACUGGCCUUUGAGGAUGUUUAAAAUGUGGAUCAGCCGACGGAAAAAGACUGUAUUCUCCGCCUUUCUGCUAGGUGGAAUAAUAUACAUGAUUGUCCAAGUAACCUACUACCAACAGGCCUACAGUCCACUGAGGGUAUUGCCCAAUGCAGAAAGUGAAGCCAGACGGUUGCUGAAGUUCAUAACAAUGUAUCACUACCAGUGUAACAGCUCCAUAAGUGGUGGCAAUGGGACGUCAUGGAAGAUGUGUACAGAUGCUGAUGUCGGAAUAAAUCUGGACUCUAAUGUACCAAAGAUUGCUUAUUCUGUUGGCCCACAGUGGGAAUAUGGCUUUGAACAAGUGCUUGCUAAAAACUUGUCAUUUCAAACAUACAUAUUUGUACACUACUCCAUUCCUCCAGCACUUAGAACAAUGAAUGCCUCUCACGUGUACAAAACUGUGAUAGUGCCAAAUGACCCGGCCGACUUUGGGCGGAACUCGUUUGAGACACAGACAUUAAACAAUGUCAUAGAGAAACUGAAUCACCAGCAUAUAGACUUACUCAAAUUGGAAUCGCUGCUGGAUUUGAGCAAUACUCAUGAACUUCUUUUUUACCUAAUCAAGGAUGGUCUGCUGUCCAAUGUUAAACAACUGCAUGUUGUCUUUGAUAUUGAUAAGAUUGACGAGGAUUCUCUGUACAAAUGGUAUAGAACCCUGUAUCUGUUGUUCCACGAGGCUGGUUUUCGACUGUAUCACACUUCUGCAUCUGACACCCUCUGUCUGCAGGUUACCAUGAUGGAAUCCUGUCGCUACUACAUGUCAUGGGUUCAAAACCCAGGACCAAAAACAUUCAUUCUCUAUCCUCCUGCCAUUGAUGGUUCUUAUGAAUUGGAGGUCAAAAGAAUGCUUGAAUUUCUUGAAGAACAAAACCCAGUCUGUAACAACAAUAUAGACGUUCCGGUGUCGAAGAGCAAUACGUUUAGUCUCUGUGGUGAUAUUCUCUUUCAGAAGAGAGUCGUAGACUCCGACUGUAAUAUUCUCGUCUUUCGGGACAAACCUUCAGUGAUGUCAACCAUAGACAUUAAAGGUGGAAAGUGUAGUAUCCAGACGUUUGCUUUAGUUUCAAAAGGAGGCACCGUCAAAGUGUUUUCAAAUCAGGAUACAACACCAACAGAUGAAGAUUUUGUUACGAUAGUGGAAAGACACAUUAAGCCAAAAUCCAUAAACAUUAUUUACAUAUCAUCAGUAGCUUGGGAAGUGAUCACACCUCUGCUGGACAGUGGAAGUCUCCAAGAUAUAGACCAACUGACUGUUAAUGUGGAAGUAUUGGAUUCUAGACCAGAAGAAAAUCCAUUACUGAUACGUCAGAGAUAUAGCGAACUCAAACGAAUUCAGUCAAGUGGUUUUAAAUUUUAUGAAAUCAAACCAUUUGUAAAUGGUGCUCUCCUUUUCAAGCACCACGCACAGGAAGACUGUUGUUUUAGACUUGGUUUUAUUAAGUCAUAGCCAAUCUGUGAAUAUCAUGUUGCUAUUUAUUUCCGCACAUUAUCAUCCAUUGUUUUUAUGUCAUUAUGAAUCUCAAUCAUGUAUUUUUGACAGUUUAUUUAUUCAUAAGAAAAUAUUGAAGUUUCCAAACAAUGAAGUCUAUACGUAAGAAGGGAAAAAAAUCGGUCAUAGUCUAUUGUGCCAAAUUCAGGCUCUUGUAUACAUCUUCUUGUAUAUUGGUAAGAGAAAGGAAGUAAGUUGUUCUUCUUUUAAAUACAUAUUGACACAUUAAAAUUUCAAAAACCUUAAAACCUGUCUAAACCGAUUCACACCGGGGACCGAAUAUGUAUCAGAUUUAGACAGGAUCCAGUGUUUUAGAGGGUCAUGUUUUAGAAUUUAAAUAAUUCGGGACCAUGAAACAUGGGCAGUUUUGACAGGAUUUGGGUUUGUUCAGAAUUUGGUUUAGACCGGUCUCACUGUAUGUAAAUUAGAUGACUUUUACACAUUAUGCCAGUUGCCUGUCUUGGGAUAUGGAAGUGUUUCUGUUGGGUACCACUUGACACAUUAGUAAGUUAGCUGUUUGUGGGUGUGGCAAAAUAAUUGGCAAUGACUUCACUGGAAUUAUUUAUUUUAAUUUUUUAUAUGGCUUUUAAAAAUACUAUUUUUUAGAAGGAUUAAAUGUGGUAGGUUCUUAUCACUUAUUAUUUUGGAUGUACCUUAACAUUGUUUUACAUUGUGUAUAUGCUGUUUAAAAAAUUAUUAUUUUACAUGUAGGUUGAUGUAACAGAAACAGUUUGUGGUAAAUACUGUAGAUCCUGAAAUUAAUGCAUCCCUAAAUUAAUGCAAGUGAUGGUGGGCAGACUAAAAUGUGAUAUGAAAUUAAUGCAAGUGGCCUCCCUUUGAAAUAUUACUUGCAUUUUUC